AUGAAUAGUGGUAUACCCGAAGGAAUAGGAUAUCUAAGUGGUGGUGUUGAUCCACAUUCCCCUCCUUCAGAAGGUUUGGAUAUCUCUCCACGUCGCGGUUCUUCCUCACCCGGCUACGACAGUAAUCCUGACAAGCCAACAUCCAGAAAACGUACCAACACCACUAGCAGUGGUAGUGGGGAUAAAAGAACGGCUAAUAAGAUAUGCCGUGUGUGUGGCGAUAAGGCUUUCAGCUAUAACUUCAAUGUUAUUACUUGCGAGUCGUGCAAAGCCUUCUUCAGGAGAAACGCUAACAAAGAGAAAGACAUCAGAUGUCCGUUCAACGAGAAUUGCGAAAUUAAUAUCGUCUCUAGAAGGUUCUGUCAGCGGUGUCGACUCGCGAAGUGCUUCGAUGUCGGGAUGAAAAAAGAGUGGAUCAUGACUGAAGAAGCAAGGUUGGAGAAAAAGCAAAGGGUUGAAGAGAAUCGAGAAAGAAGAUUACAAGACGCUCUUGCAAAGAACUCUGAUAGUGGAUCCUCACCAAUGCGAGAUCGGACUAUCAGUGAUAGUCGCAUGGAUGACGGGAAUUCACAAGAUGGCUUCAUAACAGUACGUGAUUAUGUCAUGCAGAGUGAAGAUUUGAAAUUCACGAGGAUACAUGACGAUAUCUCACAACCUCUGGCAGCUCUGCCCAUUGCUUGUCAUUCACAUCCGCUUCUAGAUACGAUUCCAACAACUGCUGCUAACUCCGUUGCUGACGUUAGUGCAACUACUUCACAUUGCCAUACAAUGGACGUUGAUCCUUCAACCACUAUGAGUGGUAAUGGUUUUAUCCCUCCAACAAUUGAAAAUGUCACCGUUGCUCUACCCACGUUAAUACCCAGCGUUGCCCCUGUUGAUACCUCCCUCAUGGCUCAAGUUGCUGCUCAAGCUGUUAUUAAUCAACAACAACAUCAGUUAGCCGCUGCUGUUGUUGCCCAGCAAGUUGUUGCUCAGCAAGUAGCUGCUCAAAUGGGUGUGAAUACACCUCCUAUUACUACCACUUUACCUCCCCUACCUAAGCCAGUUUUAACUCCUGCUAUUGCUACUCCGAUGCUCACUAACCCCUUGCCUACACAAGCCCCUUCAUUACUCCAUGGUAUACCACCCCCUGAUAUGGUUACUAUUCCCAGAGAUAUUUUAUUGAAGUUAAUGGAAACUAAUACUGUUCGUCAAGCCAAUUGUAGAUGUACAUGUGUAUGUGGAAGAUACCCUCCAGGAUCAGUAAUUGUGGAUGAGGUAACUAAAAGUCUGCUAGCUGCUGGAAAUCAGAACUCGAGUUGCAAUUCUUGUGAGAACAAGGAAGAGGCUCGCCUCGAAACAGCUGAAGAUUUCCAAAGAAACGGCUUAUUACCUUCCGAUGAUUCGUCAGUUCAAUGGCUGAACUCGAGUCAACCUACUGUUGUAGAUCCCAGCACUAUAUUUGAUAGCAGUGUUGUUCCUGAGAAUGUUAGUAUGUUCAAUGUUGAUCCCUAUUACCCCAAUGCGACAGUUUUGGAAACACAAAUGCAAUCUAUCACAGUUGAUCCUAACAUGUGGGUACUAACAGUCGCAGACAAGGAAAUACUGGCAGAGGUUGAAAAUGUGAACCAAUCCUGGAAAGAGUCCUCUAUUGGCUGGAGUUCGGAGAAUUAUCGAAACGGAACGGAUUAUGGGUUGAUAACGUCGAGAAUGCAAAGCAUGGCAAGAGCUCUCGGUCGGUUGACGAGUUUCCGAUUCCUCAAUCAGUUGGACCAAGUGGCAUUGAUUAAAAAGAACGCAAUUUUGUAUUUGGCCUUGCGUGGUGUUUUGGUCUGUGAUCCUAAAGAGACCACUGUUUCAGUGCCAGAAGAGUGGCCUUUCAGUAAUGAAUUGUUUGUGCAGUGCAUCAGAUUGUUUAUUUCUUUAUCGGAGCCUAUCAGAAGGAACGAACUGGCGCUGUCUGUUCUCUCUCUACUGGCAUUGUUUGAUGUUGACGCCAGUAUAACAGAUAGGGACACAGUUCUAAAAUGUUCAGAGAAGUUCUCAGAUCUUCUUAGGAGGCUACUUUUCUCUUAUUUUAAACAAGAUUACUCCAAAGCAAGAGCUGAGUAUCGAGCUGCCGUUAAUCUGUUGUCUGCAGCACGAAAGGCUUCGGUUAUUGUUAAUACUGUUAUAGGUUGGGAACCUGCAACAACCAACUUCAACGAAUACUGUUGUUAA